AUGGCUGAUGUCAGCGAUCCCCGCAUCCGCGAAGCCGUCGAGGACGUCCGCAGUGAUGUCACCGACACCGAUUGGCUGGCCGUCGGUUACGAGGGCAAGAACACCCUCGUACUCAAGGGCACCGGCAGCGGAGGCCAUGCCGAACUCAUGAAAAUGCUUGAUGACAGCAAGGUCUUUUUCUGCCUGCUCCGACUGGCCGACGGUGACCAAGAAUCCAAGCGCAUCAAGUUUGUCUCCAUCACCUUUGCCGGCGAAAACGUCGGUGGCUUGGCACGUGGACGUGUCGGUGUUCACGUGGGCUCCAUUCGUCCACUCCUCGGCCAAUGCAAUGUCGAUCUUUCCGCUGAUAACACUCGCGAGUGCUCCGAAGCCAUCAUCCGCAAAAAGCUCAAGGUGGCUGGUGGUGCUGACUACGAUACGGGCUCAAAUGCAUCGGGUUACAAGUCCGAGGCCUCAUCCCUCCGCAAGAAGGCACUGCAGGCGUACCAAGCCAAAGAGAAGGAAGGCAACAUCAAGAGUGUGACCUAUGUCACCUCCGCCCUCCCUUCCACCACCCCCGUGGACCUGAACGGCCGCAAAAUGGUCGCUCCUCCCACUGAGGCUCGCAAGAACAUUCAAGACAACAUCCUUGAUACGUCCAAGUUUCAGGGUCAGGCAUCCACAAGCACCGGCUCGGGCAUCCAAUACGACGAAGAUCGCACACGCAAGCCAUCCGUCAGCAAGCCCAAAGUUGGGCGCAAACCCUCCAUCAACAGGAAACCGUCUGUCAGUUCCAAGCCAGAUGUUGCGACCAAGCCCAAGCCUGAGUCGAAGCCCGAGCCCAAGCCCGAGCCCAAGCCAGUGGCCAAGCCCGAAGUGGAUAAUGCUGACAGCGAGGCCUCGAGCUCACGCUGGAGCAUGUCUGAGGGUCCCGUUGUGGAGGAUGCUGAAGAACGCCGUCGCUUGCGCGAGGAGGCCCGCAAAGCUCGCCGCGAGGCCAGCCGUGCCAAGUCGGAUAGUGAUGGCAAGGCUGCCUCUAGCAGUCCCGUCACGCAACGUCGUGAGGAAACAAAGCCUGAACCCGUAAAAGAGCCCGAACCCGAACCCGCAAAGGAGCCCGAACCCGAACCAGAACAGGAACCCGUCAAGGAGACCGAACCCGAACCUGCGGCGGCAGAAGAGCCAGAACCCGUCCAGGUGUCUGAGAACGUAGCUGAGGAAGCGCCCAAGAAAAAGACGACCAGCCUUUUUGAUGACGAUGAGGAUGAUGAUGAUGAGCUCUUUGUGAGUCUGCAGCUGCCCUCUUGUCCUCUUGCAUUGGGUGGUAAGCCCAAGGCAACGACCAAGACCAAUGGCUCAGCUAAGCUCUUCGAUGACCUUGAUGAUGAAUCAACAGUGGAAGAUGCCAAAGCCCCUCUCGUGGAUCAAGAUGAGGAUAUCACCAUCUCCAGCCAGGUCUUGGCUGAAUUCUUGAAAGCGCAAGGCUUGUUGAAAGAGAACACAACCUAUUCGGCCAAGGAACUACUCGCAAUCAUCAGCAAGUGA